AAUAACUUGACAAUGUUUUUUACAAAUAGCAUUAAAAAUCAACGUUAUUUUCUAUAGAAUGUUCGAUAGUCUAUGGUGGCUAUGAAUUCAAUGGAGUCAAAGCCAAUGGAGCAGGAGCAGCAGGAAUGAAUUGUCGUCUGCCAUAAUAUAACCUUAUCGAAUUGAAGGACACAGUAGUAAACAACAUUGGAACAAGCAUAAUAUAUUAAUUGAUUACUCCAAUUAGAAUCUUUCACAAUGUCAGAGAUUACAAAUGAACCAGCAACAAGCGAGAAAGAAGCAGUUGCUGAAGACCCGAAUGCCGUCUCUGAAGAAGAUAGGCAAUACUUGACAGAGUAUGUGCGGGAAACAGAACAAAGAUUGGCAACAAAGGAGGAGAUUCGUGCAGCUAAUUUAAAUCCUACAAGACCUCCAGAUGCAUCAUUCAGUAAGCUGGAUUCGAGCCUCAAGAGAAACACUACGUUUGUGAAGAAAUUGAGAACCUUUGGCGUAACUCAACUCGACACUGUUCUAAAGGAUAUGGCAAAUUUAAACCUGACAAAAUAUGUAAGCGAAGUUGCUACAGCUCUGGUAGAUGCCAAAAUAAAGAUGACCGAUAUUGCGCCUGCCAUUAGAGUAUGUAGUUUCCUUCAUCAAACAUAUGCCGAAUUUUCCACUCAUUUCUUCGAAAACUGGCAAAGAACAUUGUCAUUAAAGAUUGGUGACAAGAUUGCUAAUCCUAGCAAAUUAAGAGUGGAUCUUCGAUUCUAUGCGGAACUUGUUAAUGCUGGAAUAUUUACACACAAACAAGGUUUGCCAUUAUUGGGAUCAAUAUUAACUGUAUUGAUUAAUAUGGACAAAGAGGAGCACAAUAAUGCUAGCAUAAUACUGAGUUUUUGUCGGCAUUGUGGCGAGGAUUAUGCAGGUCUUGUGCCUAAAAAAGUACGUGAAUUAUCUGAGAAACUAAAUAUUUCAAUUCCUAAAAGUAAACUAUUGUCACCGGACAAGCAACAAAAUGUCAAAUUACUGCUGCGAGAAUACUAUAACUCUCUAUGCAAGCACUUGCUGAAGGAGCAUAAAGAAUUACAAGCCUUUGAGAAGCAGAAUCGCAAGAUAUUGCAGACUAGAGGCGAAUUGAGUUCAGAGAGAAAGGAAAAAUUGGAAGCACUCCAAUCAUCUUACAAGCAUUUGCUAACUAGUGUGCAAAGCUUCUCUGACACAUUGGAUGAGCCAAUGCCUGAACUUCCCGUGGAUACCGAAGUAAAGACAGAGACGGAAGAAACGUUGAAAAUGAUUAACGAAGGAGAGGACAGUGCUCUGUUGGAGGAUAUGUGGGGAGACGAAGAGACGAGACGCUUCUAUGAGCUACUACCAGAUCUAACUGUCUUUCUUCCAGGCUCAUACUUGAAGGAAACUCCGAAGGAAACACCAAAGACGGAUGCACCGAUAACGGAAGACGCUCUCGACGAGGAAAUAGUCUUAGACGAAUUGGAAGAUCCUGAAAAGACAGAAGAACCAUCGGAACCGGAAGUGGAGGAGCCGCAGGUGUCUAACACCAGCAACAAAAUAUUGCUAGACGCCUUCUUGACGCACUUGCCAAACUGCGUGAAUCGCGAGAUGAUUGAUAAUGCCGCAGUAAAUUUUCUGAUAAAUCUCAAUACGAAACACAACAAAAAGAAGCUGGUGAAGGCACUUUUCGGCGUUUCCAGAAUCCGGCAGGAUUUGCUACCUUUUUAUUCUCGUUUGGCAGCUAUCCUCUAUCAAGUAAUGCCUGAAAUCGGCAAUGACCUGUGUCAAAUGUUGAAGCAGGAUUUUAAAUAUCACGUGCGGAAGAAGGAUCAGAUUAACAUUGAGUCGAAGAUCAAGGUAGUUCGCUACAUUGGCGAACUUGUCAAAUUCAAGCUCUACUCCAAGAUAGAAGCGCUCUAUUGCUUGAAGGUAUUACUGCAUGAUUUUACGCACCAUCACAUUGAAAUGGCUUGUAAUUUGCUGGAAAUUUGCGGCCGAUAUCUAUUCUGUUCGCCGGAUUCUCAUCAGAGAACCAAGGUCUAUUUGGAGCAGAUGAUGCGUAAAAAAGCGGUCACGGCACUCGAUUCACGCUAUGUCACAAUCAUCGAGAACGCUUACUAUUUCGUGAAUCCGCCCGAAUCGACCGGCGGCGUCGCAAAGAAGGACAGACCGCCUGUGCACGAAUUUAUAAGGAAAUUACUGUAUCAGGAUCUUUCGAAAACAAAUACAGACAAAGUGCUCAAAUGGAUGCGUAAACUUGAUUGGGAGGACGAAAGCUUGUCAUCCUACGCCAUAAAAUGCCUCACUGCCGCUUAUAACGUUAAGUAUCCUAACAUUCGCUGCGUAGGUAGCUUGCUGGCCGGCCUAGUGGCUCAUUACGAGACCAUUGGUCCCCAAGUGGUCGACGGUGUGCUCGAGGACAUAAGAUUGUGCAUGGAGAUUAAUCUGCCCAAGUACAACCAACGACGUAUCGCCAUGGUGAAAUACUUGGGUGAACUGUACAACUAUCGAAUGGUGGAGAGCGGCGACAUCUUUCGCACCUUGUAUCUUCUGAUUACCUUUGGCGUCAGCGUGGACCACUCAUCUCCGAGUAUACUCGAUCCGUCUGAUCAUCUUUUCCGUAUUCGACUAGUGUGCACGCUAUUGGAAACUUGUGGCCAGUACUUCAGCGGCGGCUCCAGCAAGAAGAAGCUCGAUUACUUUCUUGUAUUCUUUCAGAAUUAUUUCUGGUUCAAGUAUACGGAUCCGGUAUGGACAACCGAGAGUCCAUUCCCAGUCGGAAUAGAUUAUAUGUAUCGCGACACGUUAACGAUGCUACGACCAAAAAUGCAAUUGUUCCAGAGCUACAAGGAGGCGCAGUGCGCCGUAGAAGAAUUGCGGAACACUCUUUAUCCGACCUUAAACGAUCCUUCCGUUAACGAUACUGCUGCAGAAGGCGAAAAUGAUAUGAGCGUUAUUUUGGAGGCCGACGAGGAAGCGGCGGUGACCGGGAACGGUAGCGGAGACGCGAAGGGCAUAGCCGAGUUGCAUUUCGAAGAGUCCGAGGAUUGUUCAGAGGCGCAAUCGGAGGAGGAAUGGACGGCCGAUGCGGAACGGGACGACGCCAUGGGCACGCAAGAGAACACUCAAGGCGAUCGGUCUCAGAGCCUAUCGGCGGAAGGUGGUAACGAAGGCGUGAUCAUGGACGUGACAGAGGAGCUGAACGCGGCUUUGCCAGCUGGACCGCGACGCGUAAGCUGUCCAGAAGAUGACGACUUUUUAUCAGCAUUGGACAAAAUGGUGUCUGACAACAUACAGGAUCGUAUGCGGGAUUCCGUGAAGCCACAACAAGUGGACAUCUCUGUACCGCUGCACGUGAAGAGCACCAAAAAAACAUACGAGCAAUUGCAGGAGAGACCGAGCGACAACAGUACAGUGGACUUUGUAUUAAUGUUGAGAAAGGGUAAUAAACAGCAAUACAAGAACCUGGCGGUGCCCGUGUCUUCUGAACUAGCCAUGAAUCUUAGAAAUCGCGAGCAAGAGCAAAAAGAGGAAAAAGAACGCGUUAAGAGACUGACCUUAAAUAUUACCGAGAGACAGGAGGAAGAAGAUUAUCAAGAAACUAUAAAUCAGAGCACGAGACCAGUCACGGUAAAUCUGAACAGAGAACGGCGGCAAAAGUAUAAUCAUCCGAAAGGAGCACCAGAUGCUGAUCUCAUUUUUGGACCGAAGAAAAUUCGAUAAAUUUGAUUAAUAACUUUUCAAGUUGAAUGGUCGUACUUGAUUGAGAAAUUGAUGAUGCAUGCAUAUCUGGUGAAGUGAAACUGGACUUCUUAACGUUUAACUAUAAUUAAUUAUCGCUUUUUACUAUAAUACAUCACAGAAUUUCUUCAAGAACUAAUUAUCAUGAUGAAUGCAUCAGAAUUUCGAUAGUACGAGUGUAUUAUAUAUGUACAAAUGACGAGUGCUAGUGCAUUUAAAAUGAACAAUCCAGACCGCAAGACUGGUACAGUAAGCCCUUGUUAACUACGAUAUUGCGAAUAUACAAAAUUUUCCUCCUGGGUCUGAAACAUUUGAAUAUGGAAAACAAAUUCGAUUAAUACAGAUUGUUACAACGCACUGCCGAUUUUCGAUUACGCGUUAACUGUAUGGUUUACUGUACCACGCAAAAUGCACUUUUAAUACAACAAAGUGUACGUUGAUAUAUCAUAAUCUUAUCUAUAUAUUAUCAUUAUUAGAGAAUAAUGAUAAAAUUAUCAUUAUUAAAUGAUAAUUUUUGUGUGACAUGAAUAUUGUUAUUAGAAAUUUUUACAAAGAUCAACAAUUAUUUUACGUCUUUCAACGAAAGCUAUGUUGUGAUAGAACCUAACAUACGAUUUAUAUACUUCUUCGCAAUAUUUUUGACACAAUUCCACAUCUUACUUGAAAAAGAAAUUAUUCUCUUUUUCUCCUUACAGAUGGCGAAUGUUAUAUAAACAAAGUGUGCAAGUUGUAUUAAACUUUCUAUUGGAAGAAAACAAUAAAAAAUUCAGCAUUGA